AUAGUAUGCCAAAUGCCAGCCUAUUUCAGAAUUUGCUGUUUUUAAAGUUGAUCAGUACUUAUCUCCUCCCUCCCUUCUAUUUACUAUACUAUUUCGAUUGGACAAGUUUGACACGUGAUAUUCUAGUACAUAGCUUAAGCACAUAAUAAUGGCUUUACAUUCAGCGGGGAAAGGAAAACUUCUUGCUGUGAUCGGAGACGAGGAUACUUGUGUUGGAUUUCUUUUGGGCGGGGUUGGUGAAAUUAAUAAACAUCGACAACCUAAUUUUAUGGUCGUAGAUAAAAAUACAGCUGUAAGUGACAUAGAAGAUACGUUUAAACGUUUCAUUAAACGAGAUGAUAUUGAUAUUAUACUUAUCAAUCAAAAUGUUGCUGAAAUGAUUCGUCAUGUAAUUGAUAGCCACACACAACCUAUACCUUCAGUAUUAGAAAUUCCAAGUAAAGACCAUCCAUAUGAUGCCAGUAAGGAUUCUAUUUUAAGGCGUGCUAAGGGAAUGUUUAAUCCAGAAGAUAUACAUUAAUCUGUGUAUAAAAAAGAUUUGACAACCUCUUUGGUAUUUGUUAAUAUCUGUAUGUAAUGGCUGUUGUGAAAUUAUAGAUUACAUAGAAAAAAUA